GUACCGCCUAGCCGCUGGUGACCUUGUGGGUCGAUUCCGGUAGACAUCGUGUACUUGAGAGCGUGUGAAUGAGGGAUGUAGCGGUCGUGAGAUGAGCGAUCGCUGGCGCAGAUGGUUUGGAAAAGGUGGAGACGAGAUGGAGAAGAGGGAUGUCUGAAUUUCAAGAUGGCGAUGGUAGUAUGCGGGAAAUAUUGUUUAGUCGCACGCGAUGGAUAUGGAGUAGGGGAUUGUGCAAGAGGCGAUGAUGCAUAGCCAAGAACGUGCAGCACCUUGGGCACGUGGAAGAGGGAGAGAGACGAGGGCAGAAGCCUUCGCGAUCCAUUUGAGUGUGCCCUUCAUUGUUGCCAGAGUGGAGACAAGGCCACGAACUCGGGAAGCAUAUACUGCGGAUGAAACGGCUUCAAUGAUCAAAUAUCAAGAUCUCGGCAUUGUGGUGCUGCAAUUCCAAUAUCGCGAUGCAGAUAAAUGUGUGAGUCUAGGCGUAAAAAUGGGAGAUACUCACCGUAGGAUGCCUCGCUCUAUUAGUCGAGGGAAUAAAGGUUCAAUUUUCUGCUUCCACCGCUCCUCGAUAACCAUAUCAAGGGGGCAAGAAUGUGCAAACUCUACUUUGCUAAGUGUCUUGAAUGAGGCGGACGAAAGAUGAUUGUCGACCUCUCUGCAGCGAGCACAGUUGCUUAUAUAGGGGAGUUCGUUUACCUUCGUCUUCAAUCGCGUGCGAGGAUAGUUCAAGCUCCAGACAUAAUGAGCGUGAUAUAGGAGAACUACAACGAUCUCUCGCAGCUGGCCCG